AGAGCAGACAGCAAUGCAGAUCUUCUAUCAGCAUGUGCAAGGGCGUAUAAUAAGAAACGUCUUAUUCGUCGUAUUUUUCUUGUUAUCACUGCUCUCAAUUGAAACGUGGUAUCUCCAUGUCAACUCUAUUACCUUCAUGAAAACCGGAGGAUGCGCAAAACAUGACGUCACUAAGUGUUUUAAUAGUGAGUUAUUUCGCAGUUCCUUGGAAGACGUGUACAGAAUAGAGGAUCACAUGUCAAACGGUACAACUCGUGAAAAAGAAGGGAUCAGCGUAUUUGUCAUCUCGUUUCCGGAUGCCACACUUGUUGAUGGAUUGAGGAUAGUUCAUCACUAUACCCAGAACAUCACAGUAUACAAACCACGAGAGUAUUUGAAAGAUGAAAGCCCUUGUUUUGUAGAUCGCUUUCACUUUCCUGCUGGAAAGUCGUCUCUUCAAGACUUAGAUAAAUUGAAAUCUCAUCUGGUGGCGCUCAAUACAACAUUUAACAGCUUUCAGCUGCAAUACGGUUCAACUGCACGAAGAGAGGUGACGAAUCUUAGUGACGUUGUUGGAACUUAUGCCAUCAAUUUAUGCAGUGAAGUCCCUUCCUAUUGGCUAACAUGAUUGGUAACGUGAUGGUCCGUCCAAUUGCAAUUUUCAAUAGUGCAAUAACCUUCAUGACCUUACCACCUUUUUACGUCAAAGACAUGAACUAUUACGUGACCGUCAUUCAGAUGACGAUUGGGUGAAAACAUAUAUGAAUAUUUUUGUUAUAGUGUCAUACUUCUUUUAUUAUUGAUUAUGAUAUGUGUGCCAUUUUUUUAUUUCAUGGGUAUGAUAAAAUCUUGUUCAUCUCAUUGACUUUAUUAAUUUAUUCAUCCGUACUGUAAUUUCCUGAUUUGUAUUUCGUUAAAAAUGAAAUGCAUAGAAGAGCUUAUCUAUGGCUUAGUAUUGGACCUAACUUAGGGCCUUUUCACACGUGAAUCUUGAAUCAUCAUUGUAUUGAUGAUUGCAAUUCGUCUUUAGAAUCAUCAGACCUUUCACACGUCACUCGAACACUGUGAUUUGAAUUCGAAUUCCGGAGCGAAGACGGUAUGUGCCCUUGGUGACUUGUCAAUCAAACCACUGCAUCGAUACGAUUUUUUAUUUUUUAUUUAUUUAUUACGUCUUAUUUUACCAGGGUGACUCUGUCAGUGGUUCAAACACUGUUAUACUUAGAGGCCCUGGAAUACAAUAACAAAAAAUACAUUAGAAAACAAUUACAAAACAUGCACAUAAAACUUAUUGUCAUCUACAUAUAGUUCAGUGGAGUUGAAUCAGCAACCACAUGGUGUCAGGCACGUGAAAUUGUUUAUUGGUAUACUAAAAUUGGUUAGAAAUAUAGAUAUGUAAGAUAUUAUUUACUGUAUUAGGUGAGUUAGUCAUUUACUAAAGGAAUUUCAUGAGGGGUGUUACCUAGUUUUGGGUCACUUUCCAGAUUCUUGCAGUAAAUGUGUGUUUAGAAGGUGCCUGCCUUACAUCAUGGACCUAUGAAGAGAUGGACAUUCAUCGCUUAGAUAAUGAAUUCACUAACAGGUGACGGUAAUUGUCAUCUGAAUAACAUUCUCUUCAUACUAGUCUUCUUUGGUCCUAUGAUCGUCACCGUGAGAAGGGACUGAAUUAGUUCGUUAUUGGACAUUUAUAUUUCACAAAUUAUAUGCGCAGUUGAUAGAAAAUCAAUGAAAUAAUGGAUAAUCGAUGUGCAGUUUUUGUUUACCUUUGUUAAUCUUAGUUCCAUGUGUUUUAUUUGGGGAAAUGUCUGCAUAUUUUAAUAUAGAGGCAAUAUUGUGAUUGAUUGUUUACCAUUUAAAAUUAAAUUUUCCCAAGUUUCUCCAUAAUAUUCCAGAUAUACGUGGCACAUAACAUGUGUAGAUCGUGUAUCUUUCAAUGUUAUUGAGGUCCUUAUGUGUGAGCGGUAGUUAGCGGAUCGAAUAAUAUCAUAUUUUAUAUCAUAAAAAUCGUCUGCUUCUCAAGUUUGCUGAUCCAUAUAUGAAGCAAAUUGACUGAAAGGCACAUACUGAAACAGGGGAUCAGCCAACAAAAGUCAAGACCGGGAAACUGUUCCGUCUUUGAGUGAUCAGAUACCCUUGGUAGUCAUGGUAAUUGCUAUUGUUACAACACCUGUAUGUUCUCAUUAAGAUGCGCAUAACCAGGUGACGGUGACUAUCAUUGGGUCAAAGAAAUGCUCGCGUUAAUCGUCCAUCUUUUCAUAGGUCCAUGCUUACAUCAUGCGGUAAACGAUUCCACUCCACUGCACCACCAUGGGAAAAGCUUGUUUGCCAGAAUUUGCCCUUGCUUUUGGUAUCAAAAGUCCAUCAAUUAUUGCAGCUCUGGUUCUGUAACCAUGAAUAGAAUUCGCUUUGUCAAAUAAAUUGGUCAGGUAUUUUGGUGCCUGUCCAUUUAUAGCUUUGUAUACC